AUGAAUUUGACUCAGCUCCCUAUCCCGCGUACAUCUACAGAAAUGACAGCGGUGUAUAAGGAGCUUAAGUCAAUUUGUUUUGAAAAUUGGUGCGUUUUAACUUAUGAAGAAGGGCACAGCCAAAAACACGAUUUUAUUCUUCAAAUACAAAAAUGUGCUCAAUUAUCAGAUCCACAAAAUCAAGUUAGAGCGUGCAUAGGUGCCUCCAUUAUGGUACAUUAUUCAACAUCAUGGAAUGAUACAAUUAUGGCAAUAUUUGGUAAGAUAGAAGCAGGAAGUAAUGCAGAAGCAACGGAUUUUAUCUGUGAAAGGAUAGCAAAAUUUACGAAUAAACUACCAAGAACGUCAAAUUUCUUGAUUCAACGACUUAAAUAUAUAUCUAAAGUUCUUUUACAAGGAACAUCGAAAGAAUCAAUCCUACAUUGCAUUUCACUUCUCAAUUAUCUCGAAAAAUAUGCAAUAAGAUCAUUAGAAGCAUGUUCGUUACAAUAUUAUGAACAAAUCUAUCCUCUUUUAUUCAAUGAGAGGGAAGAUUUGCGAAAUAUAGCCUUUCACUCACUCUCUCACUUCCUUCAAAUCUCAAGACGCGCUGAUUUUCCCAGUCAAUUAUACAAAGAUGCCAAAUCUAUAUUAGAUCCACCGCUAACAGAUCCAUUUCACGUCAUACAUGGCGCUUUACUUACUUACGCUGCAAUAUGUGACUCUUGUCCCAUUGAUUUACCCGUAAAACAAGUUCAAGACCAAAUGGCAUCGUUUUGGUCAAUGAAUACUCGAGAUUAUCCUUCAUACAUUAAACAUACCGCACUGAUAGUUGUUGUCAUACUUUCGCCUUUUGACCAAACAACUUUUAAUAAUCUGUAUUUACAAAGUGUGGUCAGUAGUCUGUGGCCUGAUUUAAAACCGACUGUGGAUAAUGUUGACGGUUUGCAUAUUUUAAUGAGGAAAUCUCCAGUAGUUUUUGAAAAUAGAAUGGAAAAGUUAUGUAAUUCAUUUAAAGCGAUGUUUACAAGUGAUUCAUUGGAAUUAGUAGAGAGUGCUGUUAAAUUAUUAAACGAAUUAUUACAUAAAUUGCCACAAAAAAUGAAUGAUCAAAAAUUUGUUUCAAAAUUAGCGAAUAUUUUAUCAAUCUCACAAUAUACCGAAUCAUUAAUACAAACUCUGAAAGUUAUUUUCGAUAAAUACCCACUUUUCUGGACAGAAUACAAAAAUUACGCUCUAGGAAUAGUAACACGCUUAUUUGAAAGAAAAUUUACAGAAAAUGCUUUACGAUUAAUCAUAAUACUACCAGAAGUUCAAGAUCCUCCAGAAUAUUUGUAUACUUCAGUAUUAUCUGCGUUACAAUCGAACGAUAUAGCCACACAAAUACUUGCCCCUGAAGCCUUAGAAAGUUUAUGUCGAUCCCAAGACGAUGACGUCAAGAGAAAUUAUGGAAAGAAAUUAUUAAGUAUUGCGAUGACAGCUUCGUCAAAUGAGUUCAGAUAUUAUGCUCUAAAAGCCUUUAAGCCUCCAUACCACCAUUAUCUUUCAUAUCCAGACUCAUUAUCAAUGUUUGAUAUUUUAAUUCGAGACGGAAACAAGCUUGUCUGCAUGGAAGGCCUUAAAAUCCUUGGUGGUGUUAGUUCAUACAAUCCAGCAAUGAUUUAUCCUAUCUUUAGAUCCUUAAUUUUAGAUACUUUAUUUAUAACUGACUCUUCUAAGUCCAGCCGUGUUCAAGCAGAUGCCAUCCGAUGCCUACCAAUCAUUUUCUCCUCAGUUCCACCUCUUUUACCCGUUUACGACGGUCAAUUUCUUCCAAUUGCCCUCCAACAGCUCAGAAUCCAUCUCAAAAGCGCCAUUUUAGACGACGAUGACUUCGAAUCGAAUGACAUUCGCAUCCAGAUCACUCCCACAUCAUCCCUUGGCAGUACAAGCAGUUUUGGUUCGUCAUUAAAGAAGACACAAAUAAAUGACCAGCCACAUCCUUUUGUUCGUACUUCCCCUUCAUCGGAAAACCUGAAACAAGACUUAGCACAAGCAGCACAAGCACACGGACAAAGAUUAUCAUUCUUUGAACGAACUUUUUCAUCAGAAAUCGCAAAAGAUUUGAUAAACACAAUAUCCGUGAUUGCGAAGAUUUCUUUUGAGACUGCGGAACCAUAUAUCGAUGAAAUGACCUCUAUUUUCAUCGAAACACUACAAAGAGCAUCUCAAAAAUCAGUAAUCCUCGCAAUUUUGUCAGCUUUGGAUGUAAUUGUCUCAAAAAUUGGUCCAAAAAGUGCCACAAACUUUUCAAAACUUUAUUCGACAUUGAUAAGUUUAGGAGGCCGCAUGAUGUCACAGAAAGUACACUCAUGUAUAUUUAAAGUAUUAGGACAAUUAGGACUAAUAUUAGCACCUCAAGAACAGAUAAUUUUGGAUGUUUCUCAAGAACAAUUCCAACUCGAGUUCUUUUUGGUCGGAACAAAAAUUGAAUACGAAGAUUACUUCAUUUACGUGAUCUUCAAUGCCUUGCACUCCGUAAUCAUUGAUAAGCUCCAACAGGACCACCAUACAGAAGCACAUACAGCGCUAGUGAAUAUUUUCACUCAAUGCGAAAAAACAAUUUCUGCGAAAAGAAUGUUCAACAAUUAUAUAAAAAUGUUGUUGCCAGCGGUAAUUGAAGCUCCUUAUAACGAAAAGACCAAUUAUUUCGGUAUGUUGAAACAGUUAUUACAAUGUCCAACAGAAUGGCUACAACCAUUUGCUUCGAAUUUCGUUUCUUUGAUUGAAGAAAUGUGGGAUUCACAUUAUACAAGUGAAGUGAUUUCUUUAAUCAGUCCUUUGGCACAUGCACUUAAAGAAGUCUUCCAACAAUAUAUCCCUAAGAUAACUACCUUGUUACUCGAUGAGUUAUCAAAGCCAAACUCUAUUGAUUCUACUGUUACUCCGUAUAUUUUGGAUGCUUUAACUUAUUUGUCACUUUUUGCAUGGAAUUUUGUUUUUAUUAUUGUGAAACAAAUUACUGAUGUUGUGUUUAACUCUAAGUCUAAUGACAUCAUCGAGAAAUCAUUGGAUAGCUUAAGAUCUAUUGUACAAAACUAUGAUUGCGCAAGUUAUUCUUCUUCUAUAAUUAGAGCUUGUUUCUUCGCUUUAAAUAAUCCGAAAGAAGAAAUUAAAAAUGCCGCUGUUCAAGUUUUGUAUUCAUUGGCUGUUUCUAUCGGUCCAAGUUUCUCUAUCUUUAAGACAAGUGUUGAAAAGGCAAUGAUAAAUGCUGGUUACCAAUUAAAUGAAUUAAAUAGAGUUGCUUAUUUGAAAACUCGUGGAAAACACACUGAUUUUCCUUUCAUCAAAGUUGAUGUUAAAAACAAAAUGAAACCGGAACCAAGGAAAAAAAUAAUAUUAGAUGAAGAAUCACUAAUAAACAAGAUAAGUAUUCCGGAAUCAUUAAGUGUAGAACAUUGGAAAAAUUGGAUGCAAAGAUUCCAAAAAUCUUUUGCAGAACAUUCUCCUUCUCCUGCUUUUAGAUUAUCUUCAUUUUUAAUUACUGAGCAGCCUCUUCUUCUUAGAAAGUUCUUUGAGCCUGCUUUCCUUUCCGUGUGGAUCGUAGCAAGUGAUCAUUUGAAAGAGGAAAUAAUGAAUGAUUUAAACACGGCUUUGUUUGAAAAAACAACUCCGAUGCCGGUUUUGACAUCAAUUAUCGGUUUGUUUGAAUUCAUGGAUAGAACGAAACAAGAGUUACCUAAACCUAAAGAACCAUUUAAGUUGACGAGGAUUGUUUUGAGAGCGGAAAAGCCAACAUACGCUUUGUAUUGCGCUGAACAAGAUUACAUCAAAUACAAAGAUGACAAAACCGCUCAGAAUCAAUUGAUUCAAAUUUAUACACAACUUGGAAUGUUCGAUGAAUCAAGAGGAUUUGCUCAAACAAUAGGUGACAGAGUUGCUCACAUGAGUGGCCAGAUUGUAAGGUAUCUUUCAUGGGAUAAUUCAUUGGAAAUCGUCCAUCAAUCAACAGAAGAUUUCAUGGCAAAAUUGUCAUUUUUGGAAGAACAAGAAAAGUGGCCAGAAAUUGCUAAAUUGGCCGGCCAAUUUUCAUCUCUAUCGUUCACUGAAAAAGACAAUGCUGCAUUAAUAUUUGCACAUGCUUUUUACCAUUUGAAUGAUUGGUCAGAACUCGAGAAAAUGCUCGGAAGUACACAAGAAAACAUUGGAUCAACAGUCAUCAGAAUAAUGGCAAAAAUUAAAAAUGGUGAUGACAUAAAUAAUGAUGUAGAAAAAGGUUUUAUACAGUUAGGAAACGAAGCAGGAUCUCUUUUCGCUCAUGGUAUAACAGCUGUUGCUCCUUUCAUUGUGUUCGCGCAAAGAUUAAUCGAACUAAAAGAAGCAACACAAGGAAACAUAAGAAAAACAUGGGCAGAAAGAUUAAUGAACAACGCUGCACAUUUUAACAUGAUCAGAUCCAUUUUACUGACAAGAUGCGAAGUCCUUGGUCCAAGUCAAAAUGUCAAUGAAGAUUUGGCAUUCCUUAAAUUCGCGAGGAGAUCAAAUGAAUGGGAUGCUUUCAAGGAUUAUUUCGAUAGGCAUUUCCAACAAUUCGAAGACAGAAUGAAGAUGCCGAGAGUCAUCUACGAAAACGCUUUGUUGCUUUCUAAAAUAGGACAAAGAGAUGAAGCAAGUGUUCUUGUGAAUUCAACAAUAGAACGUUUGAUAAAUUCGCAUGAAGAUGAUGAUUUAAUCGCUAAAUUAUACAUGUUGAAAGCAAAAUGGAAAAUUUGGUUGAUAAAAGGAGAUUCUCCAGAAGUGAUGCAUGAAGUAAGGAAUUUAUUGAGUGAAGCAAUUAAAUACAGACCAAUGCAUUACAUGACAAAUAACAUGUGGGCGUGGAGCAACAUGAAACUCGCGAGUUUAGUCAAAGAAGAAAGGGUUGAUAGAGCUAUUGAUGCUAUCAUUGCUUUCGCACAUUGUGUAUUGAUAAGUCCCAAGAAUUGUUUCGCUGAUUUGUUACAAUUGUCUUCUAUUUUGUUUACUACUCAUUCUUUUGCUGAAAUUUAUGAAACAACUAAAUCAACAAUUGCUGAAAUUCCUAUAAAGAAUUUCAUCACAAUUUUGCCACAAUUAGUUGUUUAUCAAUACACGGAAAGCCAGUCAUUGAGGACAUUCGUUGAACAGAUAUUAACUCGUCUGUUAAAUGAAUAUCCAAACGCUACAAUUUUCCCUCUUUUGUUCGCUGCAAAUUUGGGAAAUAAAAAGUCAAUUGUCCGGCCAAUUAUAAAUUCCUUUGAAUUGACGAAUGCGCAAUUCACUCAUUCAGCCAAGACAAUACUUACUGAGCUCUGCAGACUUGGAAUGACAUAUCCAGAAUACAUUUGCGAGGCAUUGACAGCUCUUAAAGACAGAACAGACAAAGCAUUGGCAAAUCCAGGAAACACGAAUAGUUUGGACGAAAUUGUCGAUGAUUUGUUGGAAAGAUUGAAGUUAACAACAUGUGAAUACGACAGACAAGCACAACAAAGAUAUUCUGAUACAAUUAAAACUCUUGAAACAAUAUUAAAUAACUAUAAAACUUCUAAAAAACCAUUAACUUUAUCCCAAAGAAGUCAAGAAAUCAGAUUAAUUAUGGAGACAUUUAACAACGAAUUCAAGAGAGAAACGAAGCUGAAUUUGAAGUAUUACUCCCCUGAUUUGGCUGCAAUAGAGAACUCCCCAAUCACUGUGUUCGGAAGAUUCAGGACAGAAGGAAAUUCAACAACAAUUUUGAGAUUUGGCAGAGAAUUAAACAUUUUGAAUUCAAAAAGAAGACCUCGCCAACUAAAAAUUGUUGGUUCUGACCAUGUAACAUAUAAGUUCCUUCUCAAAGGACACGAAGACCUUCGACAGGAUCAAAGAGUCAUGCAGUUCUUCGAACUUGUGAAUUCUAUUUCUCACAACGUUCACACGAGAAUUGCGAUUCUUUCGAUCACUCCUUUGUCACCACGCGUUGGUUUGAUACAGUGGCUUCCUGGCUGCGAUACAAUGUCAGAGCUGAUUGAUGACUACAGGAGUAUCUCCAGUAUCAAGAUCAAUGUCGAAUCGAAGAUGCUCGAGGAAUACACAAUUCCUGAUUACGACAGUUUGCAGCCGAUACAAAGAUACGAAUAUUUGAUUGAAGUUGACAAAAACACCUCACCUGAUGAUCUCAAAAACAUCAUGUGGCUUAAAGCUCCUGAUGCAGAAGCGUGGGUCAACCACACAUCGCACUUCUCGAGAUCAACAGCUUUGAUGUCUAUUGUCGGAUACAUCAUUGGUUUGGGUGACAGACAUCCAAGCAAUAUAAUGAUACAAAGAUAUUCAGGGUCUGUCAUUCACAUUGAUUUCGGAGAUUGUUUCGAAGUCACUGCCAAACGCGCUCAACUCGCCGAGACAAUUCCUUUCAGACUCACAAGGAUGAUUGUCAAAGCGCUCGGACAAUGCGGCGUUAAUGGAUCAUUUAGAAGAGUUUGCCAGGACACAUUGCAAACAUUGAGAGGAAACAGAGAAGCCGUGAUGGCUGUCUUGGAAAUCUUCUUCAGAGAACCUUUGUCGUCAGGAAGACUCUUCGAAAGCAAGGAGAUGAAUGAGAACAUUGUUGCUGGAUCAUUAAAUAACAACAUGGACAGUUUGUCGAGAAAGAAUUUGGCUGAAAUCAUGACAAGAAUUUCUGAUAAAGUAAGAGGAACUGAUAAUAAUAAUACCGUGCCAAUGACUGUGCAUGAACAAGUUGAUUGGUUAAUCAAAUCUGCUAGAGAUAUGUACAAUUUAUCUUGUUUAUUCCGCGGAUGGAAUCCUUUAUGGUAA